AUUCUUUUGGUACGACAACUCAAGAAAUAUGAUAGUAAUGUGGACGUCCUUGAAGUUGUUUUCCAUAACAUCCACCGUUGUUCUUCUUGCACUCAUCCUCCGGACCUCCGAGUCAAUUCAUGCCCGUGUCUCCAGUCCUAUCCUCACAAGAAACUCCUCCACGGCACUGUCGCUGAAGCGGGACGUACCAGAUGUGCUGCUGCCGUCCAUGACGAGCGUCUCGUUAGUAGAGUCUGUUAGACCACGUCCCACCAUUGGCGUAGUACCACACAGUUUUCUCGAUGUCCGUGAAACCAGGGUCACGGGCGGUGGUGUUGAUGGCGUCGACUGCGGCAGUGUAAGUCAAACGUUGACUGGCAGAUUCGUGCAAUGCUUUUCGCCACCCCAAUUGCAAGUAAGCUGGAGAAAUGGUGCACAGUGCAGACACUCUACACGACGAGCGCUGCUCGGCAUUUCCACAUUUACAUAGAGCAAGUCCCCCGGAUG